UGGGACCCGCGGUCGCGCCGCAGAGGGGAGGUCGCUCUGCACUACCCUGCCCGCUUUUUCUUUCUUUUCCCCUUCCGUUCUCCUUUUUUCCCCUCCUACCCUCCCUCUCUGGGUCUCCGGCUGCGGGCAGGUGGCGCGUCCCGGCGGUGGAGGGGCCUGCGCUAGCAGGGAGAGAUGAGCAACAACAGUAACAAGAGAGCACCAACAACAGCAACCCAGAGACUGAAACAAGACUACCUUCGAAUUAAGAAAGACCCAGUGCCUUACAUCUGUGCAGAGCCCCUCCCCUCCAAUAUCCUUGAAUGGCACUAUGUUGUACGGGGACCUGAAAUGACUCCUUAUGAAGGUGGCUAUUACCAUGGGAAACUAAUAUUCCCUAGAGAAUUUCCUUUUAAACCUCCUAGCAUUUAUAUGAUUACACCAAAUGGAAGGUUUAAGUGUAACACAAGGUUGUGUCUUUCAAUCACUGAUUUCCACCCAGACACAUGGAAUCCAGCUUGGUCAGUCUCAACAAUCUUGACAGGCCUGCUUAGUUUUAUGGUGGAGAAGGGCCCCACACUGGGCAGCAUAGAGACAUCAGAAUUCACAAAAAGACAGCUCGCUGCACAGAGCUUAACAUACAAUUUAAAAGACAAAGUCUUCUGCGAGCUCUUCCCUGAAGUGGUGGAGGAGAUGAAGCAAAAACAGAAAGCACAAGAAGAGCUCAACAACAGACCUCCUUCCCUCCCUUUACCAGAUGUUGUCCCUGAUGGGGAAGCACACUACGGUCAGAAUGGAAUCCCCCUCCUCAAUGGGCACGUCCCCUUGGCACCUGCCAACCACCCUGGGCUCCACCAGGCCAACCGUAACCACGGACUCUUAGGCGGAGCUUUGGCGAACUUGUUCGUUAUAGUUGGUUUUGCAGCCUUUGCCUACACAGUCAAUGGGAUGCCCUCAUCCAGUAUUGGUUUGGAUUUGCUGGCUCACAGGUUGCCAUUUUGGGAGCUGCUCUGUUGAAAGCUGUAAUACUGAAUUUUGCUCACAAGGUGCCACUGUUGAAAAAGACAAAAACCCAACAAUAAAACUGCACAUACCAAUGGUGAGUGGAUUGUGUAUUCAGAAAGUCUUCCCUGGGUUUCAUGGGCUUUGGUAAAGGGAGUGACCCCAGCCCCUAGCCCUUGUGAAGUCAAAAUGAGUCUGGAUAAGACCCAGCUCCUUUGGAGUCAACUGCAUUAAUCUGAAGCAAACCCUUCAAAGUAGUUCCACUUGCUGACUUGAAGCUUUGCAGAAACUCUUAAAACCAACAACCACAAGCCCCCCAAACCCUUCUGAUCCAUCUCAGAUUGUAGAAGCUUCUUUCUUUUAGGUGUAAGUUCAUCACUGUUCCCCUCCAGAUGAUUGAUGUUUGCUGAUGGGUUGUGGCUAAAUGCUAAAGCUCCAAGGGUAGUUCCAUAGGCUGCCUGCAGUUACUUUGAGCUGCUUGGAUUUUUCUCACCUCCCUGCUUCAUUUUAUCCAAAUGCUUUGUUUCUUCAGAGGCAAAUUUAACUGUGCCUUCCAUAAUUAACAGUGAUGCCUUUAAUUGACAGUCAUCUGGGGAAGAACGUGCUCACUGUUAAUGGGGAACAAACUGAGGUGCCAGCAGGGUAAACACCUCUGCAUCCCACUUGAUUGUGAAAGCCCCAAUAAAUAUUACCUCCUGUGUCUAAGGAUGUUUGCAGACCAAUUUCCUUUUCCCUUUUCAAUUUGUUCUCUCUUCUUCUUAUCUUGGAUUGUAAACAAAGCUGUUGUUAACCCAGGAGCCCUGCAGCUUAGAGCGUCAAUAAACGUGACCAAACCUCUGCCAUAGUUACCAAAGCCAGCAGGACAGCUCUAAAGAAACCUCAAACCAGUCCUGAGGGAAGGAAGGAAAGGGUGUAGGGCUGCAGUUUGGAACAGGCUGGCUUUUAAACUAUUUAUAAAUCAUUUAUUGUUUUUGUUGGUUUCACCAAAUCUUAUUUAUAUUCUUCAAAAAAAAAAAAUGUACCUCUGGUUCAUGCUUCAGCAGCUCUUGUAAACAGAGAAGCACCCCUUGGAUCUAGCUGCAAACGAUGUUCUGUCAGGCUGGGGGUGUACUGGAAA